AUCUCCCCUUCUUCUCCCUAAACCAUCACCACCACUUUACCCUCUUCUUCUUUCUUCUUCCCUUCUCUUUAACCUCGCCAUCAAUGGCGGACUCGGGCUCUGCCUCCGACAAGAGAAUGUCGUGCUCUAUCCCUGAGAGGUUCCAACUCCAUGCCGCCAUGUUGGCCUUGCAAUUCGGCUAUGCCGGUUUCCAUGUCGUCUCUAGAGCUGCCCUCAACAUGGGCAUUAGUAAACUCGUCUUCCCUGUUUACCGAAAUGUCAUCGCUUUGCUCCUCCUCCUUCCCUUUGCAUAUUUCAUCGAAAAGAAGGAUAGACCUGCUCUCACUCUCAACUUUGUCCUUCAGUUCUUCCUGCUGGCUCUCGUUGGAAUUACAGCCAAUCAAGGGUUUUACUUGCUGGGUUUGGAUAAUACUUCCCCAACCUUUGCUUCUUGUAUUCAAAAUUCUGUCCCUGCCAUUACUUUCCUCAUGGCUGCACUUCUCAGAAUUGAGCAAGUACGACUGAACCGGAAAGAUGGGAUAGCAAAGGUGAUGGGUACAAUAUGUUGCGUGGCCGGAGCGACGGUGAUCACAUUAUACAAAGGGCCCACCAUCUACAGCCCCUCAACAACGACGGUGACGUUGCAGGGUAUGGCAGAGACGACGGCGGCAAUGACGCUGCAAGGGCCGGGAAUGUUCCCGUCGCUAGGCGACGCAAAGGGGAAAAGCUGGACGUUAGGGUGCGUGUACUUGAUCGGCCACUGUUUGUCGUGGUCGGCGUGGCUAGUUCUUCAAGCACCGGUGCUGAAAAAGUAUCCGGCUCGCCUCUCCGUCACCUCCUUCACUUGCUUCUUUGGCCUCAUCCAAUUCCUCAUCAUCGCCGUCGCCUUCGAGCGCGACGCUCAGGCUUGGCUCUUUCACUCCGGCGCUGAAGCCUUUAGCAUUGUUUAUGCUGGGGUGGUGGCUUCGGGGAUAGCAUUUGCUGUACAGAUAUGGUGCAUUGACAGAGGUGGCCCUGUCUUCGUUGCUGUCUACCAACCUGUUCAGACCUUCGUUGUUGCUCUCAUGGCUUCCUUCGCUUUGGGCGAGGAGUUCUACUUGGGAGGGAUCAUAGGGGCGGUGCUUAUUAUAACGGGAUUGUACCUUGUGCUGUGGGGAAAGAGCGAAGAAAAGAAAAUCCUAUUGGAAAGAUCAAUGAUCCAGACCGCACCGGACCAUGGUAGCAGCAGAAUAAGUGGCCAGAUCAAACCGUCCAUUACCCAGCCACUACUCCAUCCUACGGCGGAAAAUGUUUGACUUGCUUUGAAUGAAACACUCAACUUUUGACUCACUCGAGACACGUGUCCUCCCUACAUAUGUCAAAAAUUCAGUUCAGUUCAGUGUGUUUGUUUAUUUAUUUUUCUUUUUUUACUUCUUGGUUGAAUAUUCGCACGCUUACUUUACUUAAUUAGGAGAGUUUUUUUUAUAAAAUAUUUUUUGUGUUUCAAAAUUAAGGAAAAAAAAGAAAAAGAGUAGAUGGUAAGGCCGGGGGUAUGAAUGUCAUUUUAAAGCUGUUGUGGGGCCACAGAGUCCAAAACCGCCAUUAUAUAUAAAAUAUGCCUUUUUGUUGUUGAAUGAA